AUGUUGCCGUUGUUGCAGCUUCUGUUGUCGUCGCCGUCGUUGUUGUUGUUGUUGUCGUUGUUGUUGUUGUUGUUGUUGUUUACUUCUGCUGCCUUACCAUCAGCAGCGAAACGGCCGCAAUACUUUAAUUAUGCUGUUUUAAGCACUUCGGUUGCUCUUUCAGCAACAGUUUUCUGCACUAUGUUGAAAAAAAUAUCUGAACAGAAAAUUGCUACAGCUAUGCGCGUUCUUAUCGGGUAUUUUUUGGUCAUAAGUUUUGCAAGAGCCCUGUUAGAUGCUUAUUCUAUUUCCGAGAUGCUUUUCUUUAAUUAA